AUGGUAAUAGACAACGCGACGCCCCUUUCCUCCUUUUUACUAAUUCAUUCAUUGAUAAAAUUAUAGAGACUGUCAUAUAAAAAGACCUCAACUCGGUCAAUGCACAUUGGAUAUAGUCGAUUCUUUACUUGCUGGCUUGGGUUGUCUUCGGCUCUCUCAACCUUUCUGGCUUCAUAUUACUGCAAAAUAGUUUUCUUUUUUUGCCUUGAAAGACAUGUGUCCUCUCAGGUUCAUCCUGGUUUUUUUCUCCGCUGCCCUGGCUGCCUAUUUUGCCUGGACCACCGUGCGUUCCACCCCGGAGAUUGACUUCUCCACUCGAGAUCACAACAAAUCCUCCUCCAACAAUGAUCGUUUCAAUUUCAUCAAGUUAAUUCAGAAUGGAUUCUGGGUAUUUGUUGACAUGGCCAGUGGGAGGUACCUAUGGAGGAAUUUGAUGCACAAGAAUGAUGCUGUCCAAGUAAAGAGCUCUUAGAAGUUGGGACUUCCCAAACCCAUAUAUUGAUUAUUUCUUUGAUUUCGUUAUUGCAGAAACUUGUAAUUCUUUCUCGUAUUCGUUGUCAUUCUUGAUUUUCAUUAUACAAUUCAUUGUCAUUCUUCA